CUUCCAAAUUACCCUUUCAACAUGAACACUUUUUAAAAAUUGUUUUGCACAACCUUUAUUCCUUAUAACUAAUGCGCAUCUAACUGGAUUAGACUGCCAAUCAUAAAAGAAAAAAACACAUCCCUACACCUUGUGUUUAAUCCAAACAAAUGAUUUGACUUGCAUUGCAUCUAUCACUUGCUUUCUGAAACUCCUCUCAUUUUGAAAGAGUAUGCUGUUCCUCUAAAACCAAGGGUAACAAGACACCAAUAAAAAAAUAUAGGAACCCAUUUUCUCUUCCUAUAUUCCUUCCUAACCCAAACAUAAUCAUCUCAGCCACUCCCUCCAAACCCCACCACUUUAACACCUUCAUCCAUACCUUCCAUGAUUCUCUACAUGUACAAAAUAAAUGGCUACUCUCCUUUACCCACUCAUUGCAUAAACCACAUAGCAACUCCUCCCCUAACAACAUCACCCCCUUUCUUUAGUUGGGAAGCCAAGAAGACGGCAAUUGAAGAAUCUAAGGAUCUCAACACUCUCAAGCUUGAAGAUCUCAUUGGUAAAUUGACGACAUAUGAGAUAGAAGUGCAAGGUGAUAGUGGAGUUGAAAUAGUUGAGAAGAAGAAGAAGGAUGUUGCGUUCAAGGCUAGCAACCAAAAGGAAAACAGUGAAGAUGAUGCUAGUGAUAGUGAAAACAUCUCCACCUUGAUCUCUAGAGAAGUGAGGAGAUUCAUGAAGAAGAACAUCAAGAGCAAGCUUGCAAAAAGAGAUGAAGGAGAAUCUACCAAAAGGAGUGUAAAAUGCUAUGAGUGCAACAAGAUGGGGCACUAUAGAAAUGAAUGUCCCAAUUUGAAGAAAGGCAAGAAGAGCAUGAAGAAGAGAGCUUUUGCUGCCACUUGGAGUGAUGAUGAGACUAGCUCAACGGAAAGUGAAAGCUCCUUGGAGAAAGGUGUUACAAAUCUUUGCUUCAUGGCUCAAAAGGAUAGCAACCAUGAUGAGGAGUUCUUGAUUGCUCCAUGAAUGACAUUAAGAAACUAGGAAAGGAGAAUAUAGCUCUUACUAAAACCAUUUCAUUGCUUAGGAAUGAAAUUGAAUCUCUCUCAAAACGAAAUGAGGUUUUAGUUAAAGAGAAUGCCUCUUUAAAUGAUGAGAUUGCUUCUUUAAAUGAUGAGAUUGCUUCUUUAAAGAAUGAGGAAUCUAAUAAUGCUUUGAAAAAGGA